UCUAUGGUGUACCGGCAUUGCGUUUGUGGGGCAAACGACUGUGCUACCACUUUCCGAGGCCGUCGCGCCCGAAUAAUGGGCACUGCCACACCCCGUGCUGCCGUAUUCGUGUGCGGCGGCCUGAUGGCACGGAACUACACUGCUUGACAGCUGCUGAGAUACAUCAGAAUGCAGCUGUUUCCCAUCAUACCUCUGUGACAUUGGCAGUAUGGAUGGCAAAGCAGUCAGCGGAUGACGACAGUUGGAGUUGGGAUACAGACUUUGAAGACGACUCUGGAUACGAGGUGCCGCUGCAGGCUGGAGACUAUGAGCCCAUUGGCUGGCCUCUUCAACACAGCGCGAAACUUGAGAGGACUGGUGCUGCUUUGAGCCGUCCACUGCCUCCGGUGCCACCUAUACAGCAGCAGCAGCAGGAGGAUCCUGGUGGGGACCCUCCAUGGCUGGUGCAAGUGGAGCGUGCCGAUGCCGAGCGCCUCCUAUCGGGUGCCCGUGACGGCAGCUUUGUGGUGCGGCCAAGCCGUGGUGAGGCACCGUUCGCUCUCAGCCUGCGCUUUGGCGGCCGGCCCUUUCACCUGCGGGUGCGGCGGCGCGCCGAUGGACGCCUGGCGCUGGGUAGUGAGAAGCCGCGCGAGCGCAGCUUCGACUCGCUCGUGCAGCUGGUGGAGCACCACUGUCGGGAACCCAUCCUGCUGACAUCACGGGGCCGUCCUGCAGGCCGCACGACGCUUGCCCCACCUCCGCUCACCUGAUGACCUUGAUGGCCCUGCCAUUCGGUGUGGGGCCUGUUGGAGCCAGAGCUAGUGUAUGUCCAUCACUCGCUGUGCAAGUUCUCACUAGUUUGAAUUUUGUUAUGAUUUUGACAAUGCAAGAUUGUCGUAGAUUGCUGGUAUCAGUUCACUGCCUUUAUGCAAUUCCCAUUGUACACAAGUCCAGUGAAUGCCUCGGGCCAGGCACCUGCAGUAAGGAGUCAGACGAGUGAGCUGUUCAGUGCUGGCCAUAAGUGUGAGAUGGUUUGUCCAGUGCUGAAUAACCACCACUGCAUUUCACAUAAAGGUUGUCAAUCCACCAAGGUUCCCUGAAUGGAAGACCCUUCCUUCAGAAGAGGCCUGGAUUUUUGUUACAAUUUAACGUUCACCAGUCAUCACGGCUGUCCUGUGCCAAGAUUUGCUGCUCAGACAUGCAGGCACUACUGCCCACAGUAGGUUGUGCCAAGUACUUCAUUUGUCUUUCCUGUGGCUGGUAUCAUUGGUGCCCUAUCUUUGGCUUUGGCAUCUUUUGUGGCUGUAAAAGGGUGUUGUUUUGUUCAUUGUUUUUCGCUGUUUAUGAGCGAUAACAUCACACACCUUACAUUUGCGUUGUUGACCUCUUUGAUUAAGGCAAGCAUAGCAUAACAAAAAUCUUCCUUCAUAGCACACUGCAUGCAGGGACUCACAACAUACUCAGCAGAUUGUUUUUCAGUACACAAAUGCAUUGAGUGAUUGACGAUAUACUCCUAACAAAAUGUUGUGCAUGCUUAGAAAAGACACCCUGCGAUGCUGUAAACAAGUGGUCCAACAGAAUGUGCUGAAGAAAGUACUGCAGCUUUAUAUAAAUGCUGAAGUGUUCAUCUAAGAUGCCUACUCAUGAAAAAUAAUAAAUGUGUGUUGUCCUUCUUACAUGGAUUUCUUUUAAAGGUAUAUUCAAACACUAUUGCAUCAUUUAGUAUGCCUGGUUGUAGCUUUGUGCAUUUUGUGUCAAAUGGUUUGUGGCGUUAGCGUUUAGAGUGUGCUAUGGCUGUAGCAAGAUAGAAAUGUUGUGAUGCUUCCAUGAUGGGCGCAUGCUUAGGAGACGACAACCUAGGAAAGACGACAACCUAGGGGCUGCAGCAACUCAAAAAUAUAUUGUGGGAGGGGACUACAUAUGCACACAAACACAAAAAUUCUGUUUUUCAUAUGCAUUUUCAUGCAUCUACGUGUGCUGAUUCUCUGGAAAAGGAGGUGCAGUGCAGAAUUUGCAAACACUAAAAAUAUUUUCCAUUGCUGUGAUCACUUUGUGGCCAACUGUAAAGGCUGUUUCACGCAACUGUAUACGCACAUGCCAGCCUUCAGUAUUGCAAAAGUGAGCAGCACCUUGCUGUGAGAGAUGUUGAUGCCUUAGAUAAACAACUCCAGAGUAAAACCUCCCCAUAGCGCCCCUGCAUUAAAAUCUGCAACCGCAAGGGCACCGCCAUGUUGUGCUGGCGAGCACGUGACGAGACGUGCGAUCAACGCAAACCUGAGCCCCCUCUCAGUAUGGUGGCGCCAUCUAGUUAAUGUGCCUGCAAACGCAUCCUUUCAUGCACCACAAGCUUUACAUCCAAAUUUUCUAAAUAGCGAUCCGAUCUUUCCGAAAAAUAUACGGAAUGAACUUUACACAUUGUCCAUAUGUACGUGCUGCGUGUUAAUGCUCGUUUUUGUAUAACAUUUUAAAGAUUUUUAGUGUUACAAAAAUAAGUCAUAGCGACAUGGCAGCACCUUUACAGUUACCACUUUUCCCACUCAGCUUUUCCUCUAUGGUAAGUAUACUAACUCUAUGGUUGAUGCACACAAGAUACAUGCAAGUGCGUGCAUACUGCUUUUCUUUUUUCUUGCAUACACAUAUAAGUACCAUUCUGUAAUUAAAUUCUUCGCUUGUUAGUAGA